GCGCGGAGGCGCUCGCUUGUGAGUUCACUUUGCGCCCACGUUCUGCAGGUUAGACUUCCAGUUUGAACGCUCUCAGUCUCCGGGUCCGCAGCAGGGUGCGGGAUCAGUUGAGAAGAACCGGUCCUCGGAGGAGAACCGGCCCAUCUGCGCUUCAGGUCCACGUAGGAAUUCUGCGUCUGCCGCGCGCUUCUGAGCCGCGCGGAGUGCAGGACUCCGGGAUCCAGUCGGGAUCUGCUGUGUGCGUGUGGACCUGGUCUGUCAGUGAUGGAUCCCCGCGUGCUGACAUGGGUGAUGCUGUGCGUGAUCCCGCGCUGGUCUGCAGCUCAGAACUCCCGGGAAGUGCUGAACUGCUGUGAAGGGGAUGUCCUCUUCCUGGUGGAUUCUUCAGGAAGCGUGUCAUCCUACGAGCACGGCCGCAUGCUCGCCUUCCUCUCUGAGCUCCUCCUCCCCUUUUCUCUGGGAGAGGACCAGGUGAGGGUGGGACUCCUGCAGGUGGGCACCAAGCCACGCCUCGAGUUUGGCUUCGACAAGUUUAAGAGCCAAAGCGGUCUCCAGGGGGCGCUGAAGAGCAUCAGACCUCUGAGGGGGGACACCAACACUGUGGAGGCGCUGGAAAUGGCAAAGGGUGUGUUGCGACGAGGAGCGGGCCAUGGGGGCGGGUCCGGGCUCCCGAGGGUGCUGGUUUGGUUGACUGAUGGGGUCAAACCGGGAGAUGUUGUCGGACCAAUGGCGGAGCUGCAGAAGGAGGGCGUGGCCGUGCUGGUGGUGUCAACGGGACACGGAAACUAUCAGGUUUUGAAGCAGGUGGUGAGUCCUCCUGCUGAACGCCACCUGCACUUUGUGGACAUCGACGACAUGAGCAUCAUCACAGAAGAACUGCGGGACGCCCUCAUUGAGAUUCUCCGUGCCGAGCGCAUCAACGUCCGGGACAUCUCCACAGACUCCGCCACUCUGCAGUGGCGCCCGGUUCUGUCCGGUAGGAGCGGGUAUUAUGAAAUCCGCUUUGGUCAGGUUCUGUCAGGAGGUGGCAGUGGAGGUGGACCUGGAACCAGUCCGAGUAUUGGUGGUAGUCAGUACCAAAGAGUCACCCAGCCUGCUGACUCCAACAGCGUGCGGUUGCGUGACCUGAAGCCGGAAACCACCUACGUCGCUACCCUGACCUCCAAGUCCAACAACCAAGACUUCAACUCGCUCUCCGUCACCUUCACCACGAAGCCAGAGGUGCUGACCCCGGCUGUGGUCACAGUCUCUGAGUCGCGGCACAACAGCGUUCGGGUUAGUUGGGGUCCUCUUCAGCCGGACAGGGUCACCAGUUACCUGAUCGAAUACUCUGCCCUUCCUGGAGGGAAGCUGCAGACGGUCCGGGCGGACCCCUGGCAGAACUCCACGCUGCUGAGCGGCCUCCAGGCGGACACCACUUACCUGGUGACGGUCAGCGCCCGGCACGCCUCAGGAAAGGAGAAGGCAAUGUCUGUCAAAAUGUGUACUCAAGAAGUUACUCCGGCUCUGGCGGACCUCCAGCUGACCACGGUGGGAAGUGAUUCGGUGCAGGUGGACUGGAAGGCCAGCGGGGAGGGCUUGAGGGGUUACUGGCUCACCUGGGAAGGACAACAGAGCUCUGUACCUGGCCGGCCCUCCUCCCUCUAUUUGCCUCCUGACUCCCUGUCAACACGGCUCUCACACCUCCCCCCUUCUGCCAGGGUGUGUGUGUCGCCCAUCUACCGGAGCGCACGUGGAGAUGGGCUGUGCUGCACAGCACAGUUCCAGUCAGAGUCGGUGUCAUAUGGUUUCCAGUCCUAGCAGAGCAGAAUGGGAGGUGCACCUUUCCAAACAUGGAGGGAGGGGGUGGAAACAAAGAAUGCUGACUUCCAUCCAUGAAUCCGUGGCGUUCCUCUUCCUUCUGUGGACAUUAAGCAGGAGAAGCGGUUUGGCUCACUGAGCUCUCACGUGGAAGCCAGAGACUGUGACGUUCUGGCCAAAUGUCGACUGCUACAAUCUGCAAAGCAGAAAACUUUUUUUUUUUUUUUACUCUUUUCUGGUUUUUGCCUUUCAUACACAAGAAAUGCUUUACAUUAGAAAUGCAGGCUUAAGGGAUUUUCUGGGUCUGUUUUGCAGACUCUUUGCAGUGCAUUCUGGGAAAGUUAAUGUUUUACAUGGACGUGUUUUGGAGAAAGCUUUGCACCACGUGCACACCAUGUGCACAAUUUUUUUUUCAACUCACAGAAACAUCUGAAAUGCAUUUACAGUGCAUUCUGUCCACGCUGACAUGCCUCGCCUCUUACCACAUCCUUUAAUUCUGAGGGCUUGUGUUCGCCGUGCAGAGCAGCAAACUAAAUCCAGGGCUUAGAAAAUGUUUUUUCCUUUGGAACACAGACAAUCCACCUGUUUUGAAUUGAGAGAAUGUCUGUUAUGCAACACAGAUGCAUCUGACUGAUUCGUUGAUUUCUACAAACAAAGUUUUAUUCAUAUUUAUUUAUCUAAAAGUUAUAAGCAAGACAUUUUUUUAGCUUGGAGUAUAUAGGGACAUGUUUAUUUUUGUUAAUGUUGUGGAUGUAAAGCCUGACUUUGCUGCCCCCUACUGUAAGAAAGUGUUGUUUCCUGACUUCUAUUCAGAACUAACACUAUAUUUGUGUAUGUAUAAGCUGUAAUUAAAUAUUACAGUAAGUAAUGGUGUCAGUUACUGACUUUUUAGGCAUCUUAUUACCACAGAUGUGUCAUUUUUUUAUUUAAAACAAUAAAAAACAGUUGUUUUGCUCAGCUGGGUGUGAAUUAUUUUGAAAUAAAGAGCUUUAAAAACA